AUGGCCAAGCGGAAACAGGAUCCAGAGGAGCUGCCCGAUGCGCCCGAGAGCAAGGGCAAGGGCAAGGGCAAGGGCAAGGGCAUCGACAAGGGCAUCGACAUGGGCAUCGACAAGGGCAUCGACAAGGGCAUCAAGGCCGACGACGACAGCGACAGCGACGAGGACAUGGACAUGGUGAACGUCGACUUCGAGUGGUUCGACCCCAAUCCCGAGGUCGACUUCCACGGCCUGAAGUCCUUGCUGCGCCAGCUUCUGGAUGUCGACAACCAGCUGUUCGACCUGAGCGAGCUCGCCGACCUGAUCCUGUCACAGCCGCUGCUGGGCAGCACUGUCAAGGUCGACGGCUUGGAGACGGACCCCUAUGCUUUCUUGACCGUGCUGAACCUGGAGACACACAAGGACAAGAAGGUGAUUCGCGACCUCCACGCCUAUCUCAGCAAGAAGGCGCCAGGCCUUCUCCCCGCCGCACCUGCGCAAAUUGGUCUGGUCCUCACCGAGCGCUUCAUCAACAUGCCCCACGAGAUCGUGCCGCCCAUGUACACGAUGCUCAUGGAGGAGAUCCAGUGGGCCGUCGACGAGAAGGAGCCCUACGCAUUCACACACUACCUCGUGCUCUCCAAGGCAUACUCCGAGGUCGCCUCGAGUCUGCCUGCAGUCGGCCAGCCGCCCAGCAAGAAGAAGAAGGCGGCCAAGGCGGACGACGAGACCUUCUACUUCCACCCAGAGGACGAGGUGCUGCACCAGCACGCUGUCGGCCACACGACCUUUGACUACGAUACCCCGGUCGACGAGGGCGCAAGCGACAGCAAGAGAGCGUUCCAGGAGAUGGGCGUCAAGCCCCAGGGCCAUGUGACGUUGAUCGAGGCGGACAGGUUCGCAGGUGCCGUCGAGGCCGUCAAGUCGUUCCUGAGCGGUCAGUAG